UCUACAUCUAAUAAUAGAGCAAAAAGGCCAAAUGGUGGAGAUGACGUUAGGACCAAAGCUCCAUAACCAGAAUCCUCUAAACCCAUCUAAACCCCUCACUAUCUUCAACCUCAAGCUCAAAUCUUGAGAAGAGAACCAUGCAAAUCAUUCAUAAUCCUUGCUUCACAGCCAAUCUCCCUCCAUUUCCCAACUCCACGAUUCGCCUCACUACUACUACCACUACUUCCUCCUCCACCUUCCUCACCUCCCGCGCUUCCAAUUUCUUCUCCGGCAACCUCCGAUUCUCAUACCCUAAUUCCCCUUUCUUCCGUCGACGGAAGCCUCUGCCAGCUUCUUCUGCCGUUAGGGCCAGCCGAACCGACUAUUACUCCACUCUCCAGGUCAGUAGGGAUGCCACAUUGCAGGAGAUCAAGGCCUCUUAUCGGAAACUCGCUCGUCAGUACCAUCCCGAUGUGAGUAGGAGCCCUGGAGCUGAGGAGAAGUUCAAAGAGAUAAGCGCUGCUUAUGAGGUCCUAUCAGAUGAUGAGAAAAGGUCUGUAUAUGAUCGCUUUGGUGAGGAAGGUUUACAAGGAGUGUCAGACGGUUCAUCAGGGGUGGAUCCUUUUGACGUUUUCGAUACAUUUUUUGGAGGAUCAGAUGGUUUUUUUGCAGGCAUGGGUGAAGAAGGAGGCUUUAAUUUUAAUUCUAGAAACAAGAACAAUCAGGGUCUUGACAUUCGGCAUGAUCUGCAUUUGAGCUUUGAGGAAUCAGUUUUUGGUGGACGGCGAGAAAUUGAAAUUACUUGCCUUGAGGCAUGCAGUAGUUGUGACGGAACAGGGGCUAAAACUAGUAAUGACCUAAAAUCUUGUAGCACUUGUGGAGGAAGAGGAGGAGUGAUUAAAACUCAAAAAACUCCGUUUGGAAUGAUGUCACAGGUUUCUACCUGUGGAACUUGUGGUGGAGAUGGCAAGAUAAUCACUGAUUUUUGUCGAAUAUGUGGUGGCAAUGGUCGGGUACAAUCUAAACGUACAAUGGAUUUGGUCAUCCCAGCUGGUGUUAGUGACGGAGCCACGAUGCAGAUGCGGGGGGAAGGUAACUUUGAUAGUAAAAGGGGCAUAGCUGGUAAUCUCUAUAUAGUGCUCCAUGUAGAUUCAAAGCAGGGAAUUAAAAGGGAAGGCCUCAAUCUGUACUCAACGAUCAAUUUGCAUUAUACUGAGGCCAUACUAGGGACUACUCUAAAGGUUGAAACUGUUGAGGGUAUGAAAGAUCUUGAUAUUCCUUCUGGGACUCAACCUGGAGAAACAGUAAAGUUGUCACGCUUGGGAGUUCCAGAUAUCAAUAAACGUUCUGUACGAGGGGAUCAUUACUUUGUUGUAAAUGUUCUGAUACCAAAAAAAAUAAGUGACUCAGAACGUGCACUCUUAGAGGAAUUGGCUUCCUUUCAGAAAUGUAGCAAAGGUUUUUCUUAUCCCUCUGAAAGCAAUGGGAUGACUGAGGAGAGAUUUGCCAAGGACAAAGUUAGAGGCAAAGAGAACGCCCAUUCAAAACAGGAGACAAAGCGCGUUCCAUCCUUGUGGGGGUUGAUUAAGGGGUUCAUGGGAAGCAGAAACUCUAGGGAAGGAUUUGCAACAGUUAGCAUGGACACAUCUGCAUUACCAUGGAAAUCGACGAUGUCAGGUUCCCCAUUCUUGGUUUCGGUAUUUAUAGCAAUCAUUAUAACAUAUAUUUUUACCUUGUUGGGAAAGACUUUUUUCCCCAAACUACUACAAAGAAAAUAUUCACAUUCUCAUUCUCAUUCUCGUAGAACGCUGAAGUAAUGAGCGUGAUAGAAAUUUUUUAGGUACAACACAUAAUUAUGGGGCUCAAGAAGAGUAUUGUUUGUGCCUUUUUAGUUGACACACUGCCAACAGAAUAUUUAUUUUGUUUUUCCACUGAAUUCUUUACAUUUUAUAGUAAAGGAAAUGUUCCAAGGUAAAGGCCUUUACAUGUGUUUUAAGUUAAAGGGUAGGUAACCAUUUGGUACCCUGUGUUUUUGUAAAGUAUCAUUUUGGUACUCUCUGUUUUGAAUAAUGCUCAUAUGGUACCCUGUAUUUUAAAAUCGUACAUAUUUGGUACCCUAAACUCAAAUUUAAUUAAUAAAAUUUUACCAAUUUAAUCAAACUACUGUCAAUUAUGUAAGUUCCAAAUUUAAAUUUAAUUACUUAAUUACAUAUAACUGAUGACAGUUUGAUCAUAUUGACAAGUCUAAGGUAUCAAAUAUGUAUAAUUUUAAAAUAUAAGGUACUAUAUGAGCAUUAUUGAAAAUAGAUAGUACCAAAAUGAUACUUUGCAAAAACAUAAGGUACCAAAUGAGUAAAUUCCCUAAGUUAAAAGUUACAUUGUGUAAGCAUGGACAUUUGUUGGUAUUGUUCAUCAUUUUCUCUCUCGUCAUUCUCUUCUUACUUAAAUGCCCCCAACAAAUAAUUUGAAAUAUUCUAGGAAUACUCCACUUUCCUAAGAAAACAGAAUAAUAGAGGGCAGUAAUAUUUUAUAAGUGUAGAAACGAUGAACACUUGUGAAAUGAAUCAAUAGUAUUUUCUGAAGAUGUUCUUGAGGUAUGCCAUUUUAGGCUCCUGUCAGUAAGAACCAUUCUCCUGUUUUGUUUGGGAUGAUCUAUGGAGAAUUUCUCGGAAACUGUCAUUCAUGUCGAAUAUGAUUUAAUCUAGAACAUCACCACUUGAUGCAACAUAUAUUGAUCGGUGUAUUUUAAUAUCGAGUCAAAUAUAUUGUAAUUUAAAAUAAAAUAUUUAGCUGAGCUUUUUUCCAAAAACUUGGUAACAUGCAAUGUGACUUAUCUAUCUAGUUUAAUAAAUGACGCAAAAUAGGGUGCCCCUGUUUUUUCAGGGUAAGAAGGGGUAGAGAAAAUGCCUCGAGCCAAUGUUCGAGUACCAAGGCGCUACGGCGCUGAAGUAACCCAUGCCAUACUCCCAGGAAAAGCUCGAA